AGUGUAUAACAUUUUCUGCUGCUGGUCAGGAGGAAUUGACCACCAAAAACAGAAUCCAUCAAUCCCAGUGCAAAAAGAAAACAAAAAAAAUGGGAAAGUGUUCAGUAAAAGGCUGUACGAGUUAUCAGCUUAAAUCGAGGAGGCAAACAUUUUCAUUCCCAGAUUCUCCGGAAAUGUGUGAAAAAUGGGCCCGGGCAAUUGGACGUCCAGGCCUGACGGCGGGACGCUAUUCCAGGGUAUGCCUGUUUCAUUUCACACCAGAAGACGUCGAGAAAUUCCAUCGUGUUGAUGGGAAGAUUACAAAUAUCCCCCUGAAGAGAUUAAAACUUCACCCAGGGGCUAUUCCUUCGGUUUUUCCUGGAAAACCUCAUCCUGAGCUUCCAGAAGAAUGUACUUAUGUGUACACUUCCGCUGAAUCUACAAAACCAGGGAAUUCUCAAUUUCUCAAUGAGAUCUAUCUCAACGAUUCGGUAUUUGAGAUGGAUGUGAAGCAGGAAAAUAAUCCAAUUGUAAUUGCCCAGGGUGUUGAUGCAAUUGACAAUCUCCUGCUUUGUCAGGUGUGUGAAUCCACAGAAGAUCUCAUUGAUAUUUCCGAGCAGACAAAUACCUACUUCCGCGAAGAACUCCGGAAGGUGACCUACUUCCAGGACGACCAAGUGGCUGCAAUGCUCAAGUACAUUUGUCGACAGUGUGGAGAUAAAUUGGAGGAUAUGAAUGCCUUCAGGAAUCAGUAUGAGUUCACGUAUAAAAAACUCCUUGAGCGAAUAAUUCGUAUGGAGAGUGAUGUUCCGGAUGCUAAAAUUCAUGUUCCCGCCAAGGAGGAACCUCCCAAAGACGCAGAAGGAGAUGCUAGAAUUGCUGGUGUCUCCUUGAAUUCCCCAGGAGAUGAAAAUUCAGACAAUUGCGCGAAUGAUUGGACAGUUUAUGAUUCCCAAACUUCUCAGGAUUGCACAAAAGACGUCAAUGAAGAGGAAGAAGUCUCCGGAAGUAUCUGUCAGAAUGAUCAGAAGGAUUCAAUCGAAUCACAUUUGCAAGAAACAAAAAAAGGAAAAAGAAGGAAAGGAAAGUGCUGCAAAAUUUGCAAAAAGUGGAUGAAGAAUCGAUACGAGGUGGAGCAGCACCAGAUCCUCCACAAGGGUGAUGAAAAGAAGCCCACUUGCAAGCUUUGCGACAAAAAAUUCCAAUGCGAUGCAAAUCUCUCGCGUCACAUCAAGACAAUCCAUGAGAAUCGCCGGGAUUACGUCUGCCACAUCUGUAAGAAGACUUUUUCACAGUCCGGAGGUCUCAAGGGGCACAUGUUUGUGCAUCAGAAAUCCAUAUAUGAGUGUGACAUCUGCUUUGGGGUCUUCAAGAGUCCCGGCUACCUGAAGAUGCACAAGUACAAGCACGUCCCGGUGGAGGAGCAAACGGAGAAGAUGAAGAAGGUCCUUCAGCGACUCCAGAGGAAUACAGCGAAGAGUAACAUGAAGAAUGGGAAGCAUAUUGGGCGUAUUUGUCCCAUUUGUGGGAAGUACGUGACAACACCUCAGCAAUUGGAGGGUCAUAUGCGUUGUCACACGGGUGAGAAGCCCUUCCGGUGCGCAACAUGCGGGACAUGCUUCCGGGAACGGAACACCCUGCGAACGCACAUGCUCCUCCACACGGGAGAGAGACCCUACAAGUGUAGCCUGUGCAAUGCAGCCUUCCGGCAGAAGACGCAUCUAAAGGGGCACAUGAAACUCCACACGGGGGAGAAGCCCCACAAAUGCCUGGUCUGCGGGAAGGAUUUCCGCGUAAAGUGGAAUCUCAAUGAUCACAUGCGCCUGCAUACGGGUGAGAAGCCCUUUCACUGCCGCAUCUGCCCGGAAAAGUUCACAAAUGCCCGAGUUCUCAGGGAUCACUACAAGAAGAUUCAUUUCAAGGGGCAGAACCUCCGGACUCCAACUGAUAUUCAACGGAAACUCGAUGAAGUACUCAAGGAAACACCAGGGAGUCAUCUUGUCGGAUUACCCACCUCCGUUCCCGGAUCAUUCUCAAUUAUAUCGUCCUCAUUGAAGGAUGAAGCCUCAUUCUCGUGCUUAAUUGUUGGGCUUGUGAUUGAUGAUGAUUUCGCCGAUCUAAGUGGUCUCCUUUCCACGACUUCAACAUGGAUUCUAGAUAAAAUGGUCAGAUGUAUAGUGAAGGGAUGCAAAAGUUCUACAAUUGAGCCCAAAAGGCAAACAUUUCCAUUCCCGGAUGCUCCUAAACUGCGUGAAAAGUGGUACCGGGCUAUUGGAAGACCGGAAGUGACAUCGAAGCGGAAUCACAGGAUAUGCCUACACCACUUUGCACCUGAUCAUGUGGAAAAGUACCACCGUAUCGAUGGACGUCUCACAAUUAUUCCCCUGAAGAAAUACAGACUUCAUCCAGAAGCUGUUCCUUCCAUUUUUCCCGGAGAGCCUCAUCCUCAUCCACCGGAUGUUUGUUCCACGAAUUCGGGAAAUUUCAAUGAGACCUGCUUCAACAAAGUCUUCCUGAAUGCAUCAGACCCUGAGGUGAAAAUAGAAACAGAUCCAAAUCCCAUUGAACUGGUCAGCAAUCCUGAAGAGACUGAAGUAUUUUCCUUCUGUCAGGUUUGUGAAUCAACGGAAGAUUUGAUUGAUAUUUCUGCUCCGUCCAAUACUCUCUAUCAGGAGGAAUUGGGGAAGAUUAUUAAGUUGGAAAAUGAAGAAAUGAAUUCAUUCUUCAAGUUUAUUUGCCGGAAAUGUGGGAAUAAGUUGGAGGAUUUAAUGGCAUUCCGGGUUCAGUAUGAGUUCACGUAUAGGAGACUCCUCGAACGCUUUGUUAAGAAAGAAAUUGUUGAGUCUGGAGAUGAUCCGCCCAUUGAAGAGGUUGAAGACGUGCAAGAUAUGGAAGAAAUUCUUGAAAAUGACAUUACUGAAGAUAAUUCCCAUCCAUGGUCAGAAGAUACGGAAGAGAUAGAAGACAGAGAAGAACUUCCAGACACAUUCGGAGGAGUAGAGGAAGAAACUCUUCCAGGAAAUGAAGAAAUUAAAGAUUUGGCUAAUCAGGAAGAUCCAGAAAACAAGAAGAAUAAGAAGAAAAAGUUUUUCUGUGAAGUCUGCCAGAUGAAUGUGAAGACAAAAUUCGUUCUCUUGGCGCAUAAAAUGAAGCACAGUGGGCAGACGGAAAGAUGCGAGAUUUGUGGCUUACACAUCAGCUAUGGUAAUGUCAGGAGGCACAUCCAGGUGGUGCACAACGGCGUAAGGAAAUUUGCCUGCAACUUCUGCGGAAAGUCCUUUUCGCAGUCCAACAAUCUCAAAACUCACCUCCGGAUGCACACGGAUGAGAUUAACACCACAGGGCAGCCUUCUUCAACCGAAGACGUUCCUCAAUUCAACUGCCACACCUGUGGGAAAUCCUUCACAAGACUUAGAUUUCUUAAACGACACCAAAUUCUUCAUUUCACGCCUGAUGAACGAAUAGCGUACGAGCAGGAAAUGUCCCAGAAGCGCCAGGAAGAGAAUGCAGCGCGUGGAAAGGGAAGGAAGAUUCUCAUUUGUCCAACAUGCGGAAAAACCUCCAAAUAUGUGACGCAGCACCAGGAGCAUCUGCGCUCCCACACUGGGGAGAAACCCUUCAAAUGCCCGCACUGCGAUCGACACUUCCGGUACUACAAUCAGAUGAAGGUCCACAUCCGCCUCCACACGGGCGAGAGGCCGUACAAAUGCGAUUCCUGCGAUGCUGCCUUCCGCGUGAAUGCCCAUCUGAGAUUGCACGUCCUCACGCACACGGGAGAGAAACCCCACAAAUGCCUGGCCUGCGGGAAGGCCUUCCGUGCUAAAUGCAAUCUCGUGAGCCACAUGCGUCUGCACACGGGUGAAAAGCCCUACCAUUGUCGUCUGUGCCCGGAAAAAUUCACAAAUGUGCGCGUUAUGUGGGAUCACUACAAGAAAACGCAUUUCAAGGAUCAAGAUCUUCGGACUCCCGUUGAAAUUAAGAAUAAACUCGCUGAAAUGUUGGACGCAGACUUGACCUAGAUUGGAUCAACUGAGUGCCAGAAAGUCCUUGAAAUCUUUUGAAGUCUGAUUAAAAUGUGAAUUGUUUAAGAAAUUAUUUAUUUACCUAAAAACACGCCAUCUUGAGGAAAGGACGCCGACGCUAUAGAACGCCAUUUUGAAAAAAAAAAUUUAUAAUUUUUUUCAUGAUUUGGAAUAAAAGAAAUGAAUAAAACGAGAUAA